AUGCAAUCGGUACGAUUAAAACGAACAGCAAUUCUCAUCAGUGCCGGCAUCUUAUUCGCUGUUCUUUUCAUCGUCGCACGGCUACCGUACUCAACAGAAAAUGUGAUCCAAUUACGACCAGGAAGACUUGGACUCAAAUAUCAGGAUAAAGAGCUCUCCAAGGUGGGCGUUGCUGAAGGUGAGAGGUUACGAGAUCUACUGCUGGAACGUAACAAUUUGAAGAACCCCGGUACUUUGAACAUCGUGGCUCACGAAGAAAUUAACGGUGUUCGUCCUGUCUCUAAGACACCAAAUACACAAUCUAUUUUCGGUGGUCGGGAAAUGCCAGCAACAAUUGUCGACGCCGCUGACACGCUAUGGAUCAUGGGACUACAGAAGGAGUAUAAAGAGGCUCGCGAUUACAUCGAAGAGCACUUCAACAUGAGCAAGGCGACCGGCUCGAUGUCCGUCUUCGAGACGACCAUACGAUUUCUUGGCGGUUUGCUGUCGCUCUACGCACUCACCGGCGAAGCCUUCUAUAUCGGAAAGGCGCGAAGCGUCGCUGAAGCACUGCUGCCAUCUUUCAACACACCAACGGGUAUUCCUAAAGCUAACGUCAACGCGAAAACUAAGCAAACGUCGAACUACGCCUGGGCAGGCGGCUCAUCAGUACUGGCUGAGGUUGGCAGCCUUCAUCUCGAAUUUAUCUACCUCAGUCACGUUGCUGCUGCACCGAUUUUCGCCAAAAAAGUGAAGAAAAUUCGUGAUGUACUCUUCAGCGUGAAGAAAAUCGACGGACUCUAUUCAAAUUAUAUCGAUCCUUCUACAGGAACGUGGUCAUCAAGACAUCACGUGUCUUUAGGUGCAUUAGGUGAUUCUUUCUACGAGUACCUUAUCAAAUCUUGGCUUCAGUCUGGCAAAACCGACGAGCAAGCACGUAUCAUGUAUUGGGAUGUCAGCAAGGCCAUACGUACACAGAUGGUAUUCAACUCAAGUAGUGGUCUAACGUAUGUUGCUGAAAUUCGUGGAGGUAUGGUCGAUCAUAAAAUGGGACAUUUGGCUUGUUUUUCCGUAGGAAUGUUCGCGCUUCAGGCUGCCAAUGAGAAGCGGCUUGAAGAACAAGUGGGUCCGCUUCUUUAUAAUUUCAUACUCGGAAGGUGA